UCUGUCACAAGAGUCAAGACCCACAUGACUUGAAUUGAACAUAUAUUGAUUUACAUUAAGAAACAAUGCAGUGUUAUGAAUGCGGUAAAGGUUUCAUUUAAAAGCUCUACCUAACCAGGCAUGUUAAGAUUCACACUGGCAAGAAAUCAUUUAGUUGUGAAGUUUAGUUGUGAUGAUGCCCCGAGUGGUUAGUUUACAUUCUAUUCUACAGUUUAGGAAUGUUCCAAAAAGCGCAUUAGCAGGCCACUUGGAUGGUUGUGUUGAUGCUUAGAUAGUAUUGAAAAAUAUGGGUUUCUUGUUGACACUGUUUCCAUUCUAGUUAUUAAGACUGUAGCCUAGAUUACUUCAGAACAAAGCUUUUGAUUAAAUAUUAGACUGCUAUGAAAAUGUUAUUGAUUAGUUCCUGUUUUGCUUUAUUGACAUAAGUUGAUGGUACCUUCAGUAGCCUCGAGUAAAUGAAAUAAAUGUAUGAAAAUAGAUGUUGUAGCAGGCACAGCAGGGAAGACUGAAAACCAGCCAAAGGCCCAAAUGCCUUUUUACCAACAAAAGGCCCAAAUGCCUUUUUACCAACAAAAGGCCCAAAUGCCUUUUUACCAACAAAAGGCCCAAAUGCCUUUUUACCAACAAAAGGCCCAAAUGCCACCUAUCUCAGUGACUCAAAUGGAUACCGAAGCUUCUCUGAUCCUUUCAGUGGGUUGCCUUUAGACAUGCCGUGUGGCACACUGAGUCCCCUACAGCGCUGUCUAUAGUGCCCAGAAACAAAUAUACUAGUAGUUGUGCAGUCAAUCAAUUUGGUGGGAUGACCUGCCUUUUGUAGACUGUCAGUGGUCUGGAAUUUGCUACAUUUGUUGGUGGUUUGUCAGACAGUGGAUGUCAUGUUAAUUGCUUGGAAAUGGCUUUGUAACCCCUCCCAGACUCAUGAGCAUCAGUAAUCACGCUUCUGAGGGGCCACAGGUAGACCUUUUGAUCUAGGUAGUCUGUGGUACCUCACACCACUAUGGUUAAUACCAAACCAGACCAACUUUCUAAUCUUACCUGACGGCUUGACUCUCUAAUGUUCCUCUAAUGAUUUUCUAAUAAUUUCCACCUUUCUUUGGUGUGACUGUCUCAUUUGUGUCAUUUUAUGUAAAUGUUGGGCUGUACUUUUUUUUUUUUCAAGUAGGGAGAUUGCCUUUCUGUUUAUUUUAAUUGUAUACAUUGUUUAUUUAGUUUGAGUUUUGUUAAAUUUGCCUAUCUUUAUCAAUGAAUGGGGUGGGAAUAUAGCUCAAAUAUCUGUCCACCUGAAAAAUUUAAAACACCUUAAGUAGAUGUCCUUCCCAAUUUUAUCUCCUGAUUUGUACCUACUAAAACGCCGACCUUAUGGGGGCGCUGUGAGGAUUGUUUUGGCGAGGUGUGCGCCCAAUCCGAAAGGUAGAAGAUACACGGAAGCAGUACUGGGCUGUUCGAUUCGCGUUUGCUAUGCCUUGCUAUGUUUCCAGACAAUGUGUAAUACUCAAUAAAGCGUUUCUAACAGACAUUCUUUGACGACCGUUGAAGUUUUCCCCAUUUUGUGGGUAUGUUGAUGUGGGGAUGGAAGCAGAGUGACGUAUUUAAAGGACACCUGCCUAAACUAAGACUGGAUGUACAUUUUCUUCAUUCAGCCACCUCGAUAGCUUGUUGGUAAAUGUAAAACCGAUAAAUGGUGUAUGUAAAAAAAAGUCUUGUGAAUGUCAACUCAAAUGUAUGUGGACGUUACUGCAAGGAAACGUUAGCUUUAGAUGCUUAUUAAAUAUGUCCACAUUGCUGAGCAAAGGGUAAUUGCUAAUGUUAACUAGCCAACAUUCGUGACUACAUGAGCUCAGUGAGCUACUUAGACCCCACUAAAGGGGAGAUGGGCUGGACGGAGGAAGAAACUCUUAGGCGGAGCAUCUUAAUUAAAGGAGAAAACGAAGAUAUGACAGCGAAAGGACACGAAGAAUGUUUCAGAAUGGAAAAAAAAGAUAAGUUAUUAUCGGGUAGCACACUGAAAGAAGAUAAAGUACACUUUGAAGUGAAAGAGGAAGAGCUGAUUAAGGUUGUCUCAGUGGAAAAGGGACAAGCUUUCAGAAUGGAGGAUGUUACAGUUGAAGAGAAAUACACGUUUCGGUUGCAAGAGGGGAGAGGGACUAUCCCAACGAAAGAGGAGGAUGGCGAUUUGAGAAACACAAAAGUGAAUGAGGAGGCGAUCACGUUUGUUACAAUGAAGGAAGAGAAAGAUACUUUUGCAGAGAAUCAGGAGGAAUACGUUUUAAACGUGAAAGAAGAAGAAAUAGAGGAGGAAACUAAAGAUCCAAUGGACAGCGCAGGAUCCUCUGAGGAGCCUCAACAACAUCCUUAUGCUACCAAGGCCGAGAAGUGUUACUCAAGAUCAGAAGACCACAUGGACAUUGCUAGCCUUCCUCCGGGUCUUGUGUCUCCUGACAACACCUUACUGCUGGUUCUGAAGAGGGUGUCUGUGCGUCUGGUCGAUUGCAGGAAACCAUGGAGGAUGAGUUCAACUGAGAUAGAAGACAAGAAAGAAGUAGACAUAAUCCUGCAAAGAGAGAGUCAUGACCGAGAGCAGCCAGAGAGGUUUCGACCAACAAAACGACACAACUCCUCACACUGUGGAAAGUGUUUUACCAAGUUAAAGAACUUAAAAAAGCAUGAGAGAAUGCACACGGUGGAGAAGGCUUUCCACUGCUCUCUGUGCACAAAAAGUUUUACCAAUUUAGCAUCCCUGAAAAGACAUAAGAGGAGACACACAGGAGGGAAACCCCAUAACUGUUCCCAGUGUGGCAAAAGUUUUACCCAGUUAAGUGAACUGAGAAAACAUGAGACAACACACACAGGAGAGAGAAAACACACAGGGGAAAAGCCAUUUAAAUGCUCCCUGUGCGGAAAAUGUUUUACCAAGUUAAAGAACUUGAAAGAACAUGAGAGAAUACACACAGUGGAGAAGCCUUUCCAUUGCAGCCAAUGCACAAAGAGAUUUAUCUGUUCGGCAAGCCUGAAAAGACAUCAGUGGACGCACGUUGGAGAUAAACCUCAUCACUGCUCCCAGUGUGGGAAGAGUUUUAUUUUCUUAAGGCGGCUUGAGAGACAUGAGAGAACACACACAGGAGAGAAGCCUUUCCACUGCACCUUGUGUGGAAAGAAUUUUUCGGACUCCGAAAAUCUGAAAAGACAUGCAAGGAUACAUACGGACGAGAGACCUUUCAACUGUUCCCAAUGUGGAAAGUGUUUCACGUUGUUAGAAAACUUAAAAAAACAUGAAAGAAUACACACAGGCAAAAAGCCUUAUUACUGCUCCCAAUGUGAAAAGAGAUUUUACUCGUCUGGGGGACUGAAGUCACACAAGAAGACUCACUCAGGAGAGAAGCCUUUCAAAUGUUCCUAUUGUGGAAGGACAUUUUCCUGGUUAGCGAGUCUGAAAAGACAUGAGCGGACACACACAGGAGAGAAACCUUUUAAUUGCUCCCAAUGUGGUAAGCGUUUUACCAGGAUAGGGUCCUUGAAAAUGCAUGAGAUAAUACACACAGGGGAGAAGCGAAAGAAGCCUUUCCAUUGCUCUCUUUGUGUUAAGAGUUUUACAGAGUCAGGCAACAUGAAAAGGCAUGAGAGGACACACACAGGAGAGAAGCCUUUCCACUGUGCUCAAUGUGGAAAAGGUUUUACCCAGUUUGGACAUCUGAAAACGCAUGAGCGAAUACACACAGGUGAGAAGCCUUACCAAUGCUCAGAUUGUGGGAAGACAUAUUCUUCAUCACAGUCGCUUAAAAGGCACAUGGGAAUCCACACAGUAAAGAAGCCAUAAUAUUUUGCAUGUUAGUAAUUUUACAGAUGCUGCAAAUGUCUAGGUGGGACAACCAGUCAUAGUAGUAGUGCACCUUACUCUGUGAUCUUGCAAUGAGCCAAGUGAUGUAAAGGAAAGAAGGAAAAUAAAUAAUUGCCAGCACUAGUUCAUGCCAUCUGUGGGGUGGUGUGUGUCAAGUCACCUCUCGUUUAGUGACCAAAGCAAAUAAAACCAAUUGAUGCACAAAAGAGAACCAUAAAUGUUUUUACAUUAAACAGAAAUCAUUAUUGAGAAGCUGAUUAUAAAAUGACAACUUGUAUUGUUGUGAAUAAACAGAUUCAAUGUACACACUCCUUAAAUGUUUAUUAUUUAAAACUGAGUUUAAUGUUGUUCUUGACCACUACAGAUGUUCAUGUGCUAUUUGCAUGUGAAACAUUUUCUCCAUCCAUUUAAGACCGUUUAAGACUUUAGUGUUCAGGUAUGAUCCAAACCAGCUUGUGGAUUUUUCUGGGUAAUGGAACUUUUGUGAGUUUUGUGACUAGUACAUUUUGAUUGUCUUUGUCAAUGCACUUUAAUUUCAGGAAGUAAAACUUGUUUAAGUAACCGUACAUAAAAUAAUAAUAAAAACAAAUCUUCUGCAGGUGGUGACUAUUGCACACACUGACUUUUGAACUGUAUCCAUGGAUUGAAAACCGGGCAUAGCUUUUUGGGUAAAGACGAUGUUGGGCAAACCGUGUCUAGUGGACCUAGGCCUUCUGGGCCCGGGGGUAUAAUCUAAAACAUUGUAUCAAACUGAAUAAUCAAGAGAAAUCACAGCAUCACUAAUUUACUUUAUGCACCUGGCACUAAUCUAGGUCUAUUGUCUUUGGAAGACAUCCCGGCUACUUCAUUUUCGUUUAUAGGCUUGACAGUAUCAUUUGCCUUGAAGGAAGAGGGGCUUUUGAAUGAAGGACGUUAAUAAUCACCCAUAAGUGUGUAGGCGUAAUUGUUAGUUAAAUCAAGUACUUUUGUCUGUUCUUUUCUGGCAGGCUUCCAAUCAAAGUUUUGUGGCGAAAGUGGUGUGCUGAUAAUACAAAACGAUAAUAUAAAGAAAAACACAUUUUUAUCAAUAUCUCUGCCUUUUCUAGAAGGCACUGAUGGUUCCCCACUGGAUAGUGUAUUACACCAAAAUGUGGAUGAUAACAUAUUUUCCAAAGGUGCUUAAUGCAAGUUUUCAUACACCCGCGUGCGUACACACACGCACGCACGCCCACACACACAUGCGCAUACAUGUACCGUUUACUCCUUUGAAAACAAAUGUCAGGACUGCUAUCUGAUCACUGUACCUGUUAAGCACUUUCCAUCUGUAUAUACACCUUUCACCUCAUGGUGAACACCUACCUAUGCAUGUUAUCAUUGUAUAUUGAAUCACAUGGUGUCAUUUAUUUCUCUAAGUACCAACACACAUGGUGUAAUAUAUUGAUCUGACCCCUGUACUUAACCCAACAUGGUAUUGCUUUAACUAUACAAAAAUGAUGUAUAGAGUUUGUAUAGAUAUACACAUGGGUGGUCAUCAAUAAUACUUUUAAAUUUAAAUUUUAUUUAUAGAGCAC